AUGCAGAGUGUCUAUCGCCAGCCCUUUCUCGGGCUUUCCCUCCGCGGGCCUCUUCAUGGCACUAUCUCUCUCCUGGCUUCCUCCCCCGCACGGGGGGGGGGGGCGGGAUGCUCUGGCUCAGCCACUUGCUAUUCAUCAACCGGUUCACACCGGCCGCCGCCGCCGCGUCGUGACGUCCCGGAGGUGGGCGGGCUUGUGACGCAAGGGCGACUCAGCACGCGUAUUGGUUGCCGCGGGUGCGGGUCUUGCUCGGCGACGCGCUCUCUCCGGAGCUGCUCACUGUAUGGUAGAGUCCCAGUGCCCCCGCUGCCGCCGCCACUGCUGCCGCCACCGCUGCCGUCGCCUCCAUCGCCGCCGCCGCCGCCCCCGCCCCGCGACGACCACCGCCGCUCCCUGCGCUGCAGCCGCCGCCACCACCGCCUGCUGCGCCGCCUCCGCCUCGGGACCGGCUGUAUGAUUAGGCCACAAUCUUCAAUGAGUAAACAUAUUCCUGUGAGUGUCCGCUGCGCGUCCCGGGGCCAAGCCAAGGCGCUCGGUGUCGCCGCCGCCGCCGCCACCUUUGUUUCGUUUCUCCCGCCGCGGGCUGACCGGCUCCGAGAGCCCUGCGGGUCCGGGCGGCCGCCAUGUGGCCGAACGGGCGGGCGAGAUGGGGAUGUGGGAGAGAGGCGUAGCUGGCCGGUCAUGCCGGGCUUCGGCCCGCCACGUCUGCUCUGCCCCGGGCGCUUCCGCUACCGACAGGCGGCGGUUGGCAGCGGGGGAGACCGGUUUACGCUCCCCACUCCCCCUCGCCGACCACCCGGGGCCCGAAGUGGUUGGGGGCCGAGGGGAGGGUCGUGUGCCUGGGUCCGGUCGGGGGGUGAUGGCCGGCGGUGGCGGGUGGGUCGGGCCGCUCGGCACAAAAGCCACUUUGUGACCGCCGCCUCCGCCCUUGUCCCCGGGGGCCGGCGCGCCCCGGCCGUCGGGGAGCCCCCUGCGGACCGUAGAGCUGUUUCCCGGGUCCCUCUUUGUUCCGGAGAGAAAGAAAGCGGCCCGACCGGCCCCACCGCCCCCGGCCGUGUGAAUGAUCCUCGGACGCCCGAGGCUUCUGGAGGCGCAGUUCUGUGGUGUUCUUGGUCACACAUUUAUGGAGUUUCUGAAGGGCAGUGGAGACUAUUGCCAGGCACAGCACGACCUCUAUGCAGACAAGUGAACUGUAGAAAUUCAUUACUACUCCACCAAGAAGCCCCCUUAAGAGCGGUUAACCUGGACACAAAGUGUUGAAUUGAAAUUGGCAGAGCAUUUUACAAGAGUUCUGACCUGGAUGGGGUAAAUCUCAGUGCACUGCCUUUCUUUUGCCUCAGUAUUACUGGAUUGAAGAAUUGCUGCUUCUUGUUAGGAGGUUCAUUUCAUUUCCCAUUGCUCUCAACUUCAUACUUAAAGCACUGAGAAUUUCAAGUGGAGUAUAGUGAAGGAGACUUCAGUUUCUUUACAUCACUUCUGUAUUCAAAUUUUUAAACCCUUUCAUAACCUUAUUGAGUGUUU